UAAGUGUCUACGAUUUGUGUUUACAUUUUUUAGGUGUUAGUUCUGUUAACGUCAAAUUGAUUUAAACGUCAAAAAUGGAUGACCGGAAAGCGCUCGAGAAGCUUUAAAUGUGCCGUCCAUCAUCGAGAUCGCGAAGUUUCGUCAGAAAACGACUUCCAUCUGCUGCUAGUGGAGCCGCCAUUGUUCCGCAGGAUGGUUACCAUAGUUGCGAAUGAGUUUUUGACUGAUGACAGAGAUAGAAAAUACUAUGCCGACCACUACACGUGUUGUCCUCCUCCUAUUUUUAUACUCACCGUUACCUUAGCCGAAUUGGGGUUCUAUUUAUAUUACUACAUUACCACAGGGGAACUCAAUCCAAGUGGGCCAGUACUAGUAGACUCAAUAUUUAUAUAUAGACCAGAUAAACGAAUCGAAAUAUGGAGGUUCCUGUUGUACAUGUUAUUACAUGCUGGAUGGCUACAUCUAAGCUUCAACCUAGUAGUUCAAUUGUUGGUGGGCCUUCCGUUGGAAAUGGUCCACGGUUCGGGAAGGGUAGCAUUAAUCUACAUGUCCGGAGUGGCGGCAGGCUCGCUAGGAACGUCAGUUUUCGAUAACGAUGUUUAUCUAGUAGGGGCCUCGGGCGGCGUGUAUGCGCUACUAGCUGCCCAUUUAGCUAAUGUAUUGCUCAAUUACAAUAAUAUGCAGUGUGGGAUCUUGAGGCUAUUUGGAAUUUUUGCCAUUGCUUCUUGUGAUGUUGGCUACGCCAUCUAUUCCAGAUAUGAUUCCGUGGGCCUUCCAGUUUCCUACGUAGCCCAUCUCACCGGAGCUCUAGCGGGCCUGACGAUAGGGCUUCUAGUGUUGAAGAAUUUCGAGCAGAAGCUGCACGAACAGCUUCUGUGGUGGGUAGCUCUCGGUGUGUACGCCGCCUGUACCAUCUUCGCUGUUCUGUUCAACGUCAUGAACAGAACAGACGAUGGCGGAGAAAAUCUAGGAGAUGGCGUCAAUAGCCACUAUGUAAUGUUUAGUCGAUGGGGGGUAUAACCGUUGUUUGUCUAGUUCUCACUAGUUUCCAGAGGCUGUUCAUUUAUUUAUAAGAUUUUUUAUGUAGAUUUAUAUUAUAGUAUUUAUUGAAGAUUUUCCGAGAGUGGUACGUUAAGAGGUACAAAUUGGUUGAAGAAAAUAAAUGAACAGACUUAAAUCUUAGUCGGUAACAUUUUGUGUUCAAUGUAAACUUUCUUUACAGGAAUCUUUAUUUCUCAUAUAUCUACUAUAUAUAUUAUCAAUAAAUAUAUAAAGUAUGAAACCAAAAACUAUUGUAAAGAUUCUUUCGAAAGGAAGUAUUCUAAAAAAUGUGAUUUCAUAGAUAAUUCAUGAAUCUAUUUGUGAAAAUCCAUUUAAUACUUGGAUAGUGUUGGAUAUCCAUUGGUGCAAGUCUUUAUAUUGCACGCAGAUUUUUGUACUGAUUUUUCCGUCUACUCUCCUCAUCCUUACCUAAUAGAUAGGUUUCUUAUAUUUAAAAAGUUUGUUAAAAGAAUUCGUGAAUGAGUAUGUUUUGUACACUAUAUUUAUGUAUAUAUUUUAUUUAUUUCUAAUAUCAAACCAAAGACUGAGUUGGAUAAAAGUUUUGUAGAAUAUAGUAUAGAAAAUAGAAGUUACUGUUGAUGUUUACGAGCACUUUAGGUAAUUUUGUACAGCUGUUACUUAAGCUGGCCUGGUAAAGUAUGCUGUAGUCAAUAAAAAUAUAAAAUUGGUAACAUUGUAUAUAAAAUCUGCGAAGAUUUUGCUUUAUGCUGUUCUGAUCAGAUAUAACUAUGAUUUUCACCAUGAUUAUCAUCUUUUUUAUCUUCUAA